AACACUCAAAUGUCAUUACAUCGUUUGUCUUCACAUUUUGAAAAAGGUCGAACAAAUCUGAAAAAGUAAUGCUCUCCUGCGAUUGGUCGAAGGAGUCACAUGUGGCUCGAAUGAGAGCCAAUAGGAAGGCUGAGAGGCGUCACAUGACCGCAUGUUUGAGGAAGUGCAGACAUGUCCUCUCUGGUGUGGUUGAAUGUGCAUUGAACGUGCAUUGAACGGGUCAGUCUCCGGACAUGAAGCUGCUCUUCAGCUGCUCUCUCCUCCUCUUCAUCACCGCCGCGUGCCUCUGCGGCUCUGCAGCCACCCGGAAACUCAGAGGCAUCUCGUCCUCCUAUAAGCGUUUCUACAGGGAGCGAAGGUCCUUCCUGUGCAUCGAUGGCUCCAGAGUGAUCCCCUUUGAGCAGGUCAACGACGACUACUGCGACUGUGAGGACGGCUCCGACGAGCCAGGAACCUCUGCCUGUCCGCGGGGGCGCUUCUACUGCACCAACCUGGGUUUCCGCCCACACUACAUCCCAUCAUCACGAGUCAACGAUGGCAUCUGCGACUGCUGCGAUGCUUCAGAUGAAUACAACAGCCACGCUCGCUGCCAGAACUCCUGCUGGAAUCUGGGUCAGAGGGAGAGGGCGUACGUGGAGGGCCAGAUGAGGACGCUGGACGAGGGUCUGCAGCUGAAGCAGCAGCUCAUCGAGGAGGGGGUCCUGCUGUGGAGGGAGAAACAGGCGCAGCUGAGGGAGCUGCAGCAGGUGGCAGAGGACCUGCAGAUCAAACUGGAGGAGCAUAGGAGGAGGAAGCAGGAGGUGGAGCAGACCCUGAAAGCUCUGGAGGCAGGAGACACCAGGGUCCGAGGUAAAAACAGUUCAGAGAGCACCUUCCGACUGCUGGACAGCAACAAGGAUGGCAGUCUGUCAGUGGAGGAGCUGCAGGAGAAGCUGGUCCUGGUGCAGGAAGAGGAGCUGCUCCUCUCUGAGGAAGAGGCUGUGGCUCUAAUGGGAGGGGGUCGUCAGAUGGACCUGCCCAUGUUCCAGCACUCUCUGUGGGACGUCCUAAAUACAGAGAACAGGGUGAAGAUCAGAGGCAUUGUGGAUGCUGAGGAUCCUCACCUGAAGGCUGCAGACACAGCUGCAGAGCGGGAGGCGUCCAGUCUGAAGAAGGUGGAGGAGGCGUAUGACACCAUCAACAUGGAGAUCAGUGAUCUUCGGAAGAAGCUGACCAUAGACUACGGUCCAGACUGGGAGUUCCUGUUUCUGAACAGCCAGUGUUACCAGCUUAACGUUUACGAGUACACCUACAAUCUGUGCCCGUUCAAUCAGGUCACUCAGAAGAGCACCGCGGGGUCCGAGGUCUCGUUAGGGAGGUGGGGGAUGUGGGCGGGGACUCCGAAGAACCCGUACAGUCAGAUGGUGUAUGAGAACGGAGAACCCUGCUGGCAAGGAGGCUCCCGCAGUACUACAGUCACACUGACAUGCGGCACGGAGACAGCGCUGUGCGGGGUGAAGGAGCCUAGCAAAUGCCAGUACAUCAUAGACUUCCAGACUCCUGUGGCCUGUCAGCCGGUGCUGAAGCAGCGGGGCAUCCACAGUGAACUGUGACCCUAGUUGCAUGGAUGUAGCCCCCCCCGGCUAGCCCCUGCGGUGACAGUCCAGGGUCCCAAGGGCCCCCGCUGACAUCAGUGCUGUCAGAAAAUGUAUUCUUCCAACAAGCUCGCUGUAGUUAGAAUAUGAUGAUCAGGUUUCAUUAAUUGUUACAGCUUUACAUUAGAAUAGAGCAUUUAUUAAUUAAAAACAGUAAAAUCCUCCUGUGGGUUGACAAUUACAAGAUUACAAUUACAUAAAUGAUGUGAAGCUACAUUUAUUGCAGGGCCCAAUUACAUUGCCACCAAUAACCAUUUUAUGUAUCCCCGCCCCUUUCCCCACUUCCUGUUCAAAAUUAGAUGUCUUAGUUCUUCCGGUUUAGCAGCAUUGUAAAAAAUGAAUUUAAGUUGAGAUAAUUUACAGCUACACUGCGGUGAUCGGAUGGUUUUACAGCAUCAAUCCUCUGUCAGUGACUGUCAGAUGACAUACGAAAAUGGCCCCAAAUUGUAUACAAUUUGAAUAACUCUGUAGCUAUGAGGACAAGUACCAAAGCAUAUCUGCCGGUCAGACUGCAUACUGAAGCUGAUGUGGACAGAAUGGUAGAAAAAGGUUCACAGUGUUGACAUUUAUAGAAACAAGAUAACUUUUUAGCGAGCGUGAACGUUAGGUGUUUUGCUAGAAACCGCUCUAUCUAUGAGAGAGUAAAAAUCCCCUUCUGGAUGGAUGGAUGGAUAGAUCCAUCCAUCCAUCCAUCCAUCUAUCCAGCUACCUACCUACUUUUAGCUAUCUAGCGAGCUUUUGCUAAAUUGGUGGCUCUCCUAAUUGAAAUGGGAAUUUUUAUUAAACAUCCCAUGGUUAAACUUACAGUACAGUACGGACCUGUGUCUACCUUUCAGGCAGUGAGAGUAAUUAUAUAUACAAACAUUGUUGACGUUUUCCUUUUAAGAACCAAACAAAGCUUGCUGUAAAUUCUCAAUGAUAUGUUUUUUGCAUAACGUAAUCACAUAUUGCUAAUCAAAAUAGUUAGUGUCUCGCCUGAAAAACGGUUAUAACUUAAUAACCGUUGAUUCAAAAGCUGCUAUUAGCAAUUAAGCUUUAACCGGAAGUAAGAGUAAGGUGAAUAACUGCUGUAUCGGUUCAAUUCUGUCAAGUUAAAAUGGCAGGUUAAAUAAAACCAGCAAUAAUCUUAGGGACAUAUUCCGACCAUCAGGAAAAAAGCAAUAAAUAUCUUCUCAUAAAAUAAAAUUCACUCCCUGCAUGGAGAUUUAUUUUUCUGGGAGAUUAUACCAAAAGACAGAAUUGAGGUGAUCCAUAAUCUGUAGCCUUCACAUUACGCAACAAAAAUGUUCUUUAAUAAUGAUACAAAAAGCAAAACCCCUGCCUAUUGCCACUUUAACUCUAAAAGGAGAAAUUGUGUGUGAUAUAAAUAUUUGUCCAAUUGUCCCAUGAAAAAUCAAACCAGCAAUGAAUAGAUGCUCUCUUUAGCUUAGCAUAUAGCCAUGCACACGUUCUUUUUCAUGAUGCACAUGAGCGGUUUAUUUUAGCAUCUAAAAAAUGUUUUCACCAAAUGUGUAUUAAUCUGUAGAUGAAAGUAGUCUUCAACAAAUGCACUAUACUAGCAAAUGCCAGUUUGUGUUACUAAAAACUGCAGCUGUGACUUAGUAAGCCUCUUUUCAAAAUAUAACUUCAUAUUUUCAACUGUUUUUUAUAGAUUAACAUCAUCACAAAUAAUAUCUCAGAGAAGUGAAAUAGUAUUGAGAGAACCGAAACAAUUUGUUGGCUUUAGUCUUUGCUUGUUGACACGGGAACAAUACAAAAAGAGGUGCACCAGACCUUAUCCAUUCACAGCACCAAUGUAACUGCUGUAUUAAAUAACUGCUCAUCAUAAGCACAAAUAAAGUACUUCAUAUUUUGCUAUAAUCAUA